CAUCUGCUCCGCUACUAACAACGGAGCGCGUCCCCGCGUCCCAGACCUGCGACCGAUCCCUUCUCCCGUGUGGUGCCCCCCUCCUCCUGCCCUCUUCCACACAAUUGUGUUAACGCUGCGAUCAUGACGAGCCACAGUGCGUGUACCCUCCACGUUUCUCGGCUGUAGCUCACCCGGACAAAGCGCAACUCCCGCUCCAGCAUCCCUCCCCGUGCGUCCGAGUGGAGCUAUAGGCGAGUAGCGGCGGCGGAGCGAGCGGCAGCCCCCGGUGCCAUCGAGCAGCACAUUUCUUUUUGUCUGUGCGCUCCGCAGGCUGCUGCUUCUGCUGCCUGUGGGCUUUUUGCGGCUUCGCAUCCUCUCAGCUGCCGGUGUUGUUGGAGUGGACAACGAAAGACGGAUGAACUAAACAAAGAUCUCCAUGUCUGAUGUUUUGAAAGCGGAUAUUUAAUCAGAUUUUUUUUUCUCUUUCUGCGAGCUUUUUUGUUUGUUUCUGACACCAUGGAGUCGGUGGAGAAGGAGUGUGGAGCGCUGGGUGGAUUAUUCCAGGCCAUCGUGAACGACAUGAAGAGCUCCUACCCUGUGUGGGAAGACUUCAGUGCCAAGGCCACAAAACUGCACUCUCAACUCAGGACCACAAUUCUGGCAGCGGUGGCCUUUCUAGAUGCCUUUCAGAAGGUGGCGGACAUGGCUACCAACUCUAGAGGUGCCACCAGGGACGUCGGCUCAGCUCUUACAAGGAUGUGUAUGCGACACCGCAGCAUUGAGGCAAAAUUACGCCACUUCACCAAUGCUCUUAUGGAAGGCCUGGUGACGCCACUCCAGGACAGGAUAGAGGAAUGGAAGAAGACAGCUAAUCAGCUGGACAAAGACCAUGCCAAAGAAUACAAGCGGUCUCGUCAGGAAAUCAAAAGGAAGUCGCUAGAUACAAUAAAACUCCAAAAAAAAGCAAGAAAAGGCCGGGGGAACCUGCGCCCCCAGCUGGACAGUGCCAUGCAGGAUGUCAGUGAUUUGUACCUGCUGAUGGAGGAGACGGAGAAGCAGGCGGUGCGCCGAGCCCUCCUGGAGGAGAGAGGGCGUUACUGUACAUUUAUUAACCUGCUGCAGCCUGUGGUGAAUGUAGAGAUCGCCAUGCUGGGAGAGAUAACACAUUUACAGCCCAUUGUUGAUGACCUCACUAUGCUGACCGAAGACCCACACAAGCUGCCACCAGCCAGUGAGCAGGUGAUCCGGGACCUGAAAGGCUCCGACUACAGCUGGUCCUACCAGACACCUCCUUCCUCCCCCAGCAGCACCGGCUCCAGGAAGAGCAGCAUGUGCAGCCUGCUUCAGAUGCCCUCUGCUGGAGCUCAUCGGCUCAGCAGUGUCUCCUCCCAUGACUCUGGCUUCGUAUCCCAGGACGCCAACACCCACUCUAAGCCUCCAUCGCCCAUGCCCUCUGACAUCACCAGCCAGAAAUCAACAAGCUCAGCCUCCUCUGAGGCUUCAGAAACCUGCCAGUCUGUCAGCGAGUGCAACUCUCCCACAGCGUUUGGCUCAUGCUCAUCCUUCGGUACCUUCCGCCCUGCUUUCUCUCACACUGGCACCAUCAGGCCUCUCUCUGUCAUACUUCCUGCGUCCCCCACAUUUAACCACUCCCCUGGAUCCAACACCCCCUCACCCACAUCAAAGGUUCCUAGCUGGAAGGACUGGGCCAAAUCCUGUGAGCCAUCACUGGCCAGCACUCUGCAGCGUAGAAGGGAGUCUAUGGAUAAGAUGAGGGAACUGGAAACUCCGCCCAGUCCACUGGGGUAUUCUGGGAUGCAACCAGAUGAUCCGCACAGAGCGAGAAUUGGCCCAGGAGCCAUUGCAGCCAAGCAUGGUGAGCCGCUCUCUCCAGCAGCCAGUACUCUAGCUAUGGUUCUGACCAGAGGCUUGAGUAUGGAGCAGCAGAAGAGCAGCAGGGACUCUCUGCAGUACUCCAGCGGCUACAGCACCCAGACUAACACCCCCUCCUGCUCCGAGGACACCAUACCCUCACAAGGUUCUGAUUAUGAGUGCUACUCCCUCAAUGGGGAUGCUGACAGCGAAGGACAGGCAGACUUUGACAAGUCCUCCACCAUCCCACGCCACAGUAAUAUCGCUCAGAGCUACCGCCGCAUGAUCCAAACCAAGAGGCCAGCCAGUACAGCAGGUCUGCCUGCAGGUAAGACCCUGCAGGGCACUCCCAACGGUUCAGGGGGAAGCAGCUCCGGAGCCAUCACCUCGGGGACGGCCACCAUUCGCCGGACACCGUCCUCCAAAACUGGAGUGAGACGCACACCAUCCACAUCUGGUCCCAUCCCCAUCCGACCCCCUAUUGUGCCAGUUAAGACCCCCACUGUGCCAGACUCACCGGGCUAUGCCAGCCCGUCCCAGUACCGUGCGGGCAGCGAGGAGUUUCUUUACGGUGAUGAGCCAACUGCUAGUGACUACAUGAGGGCUUCUCCAAAGAGGAUGAGCCUCCCAGACACAGCUUGGGGCUGUGGAGGAGGAGGAGGAGGAGGAGGAGGAGGGGCGGACAGGACCAUUUAUGCCCAGCAGGCCCCCAGCAUGGCCGCCCACAGCGCUGAGGAAGACCCUCUGCUAGCUGCCAACCGCCACAGCCUGGUGGAGAAGAUAGGGGAGCUGGCAGCCAGUGCCCACGCCCUCGGUGAGGGUCACUUCCCUUUCGGCAGCCCGCUGCCAGGGGAUCCAGGUCUGUGUGCGCCACAGGAGAUGUCCGCUACGACCCAGGAGGACAAGGAUAUGCUGAAGUCUAUACGCCGCGGGGUGAAGCUGCGCAAGGCGGUGACUGAUGACAGGUCUGCUCCAAGGAUUCUGCGGUAGCUGAGGGAGAAGAGGGCUGUGAAGGAGCAGCUGUGGUGCCCUUAUUUACAAACUGAAGCUCUGUAAUGAAAUGCUACAGCACUCAUGUGAUACAUGAUCUGAGGUACAAGUAAUAAAGAGGACUUAAUGGGGUGAAUGAAGGCCAGUUCACAGAGUAAUGAGUGACUAUGGACAAUGUCAAGUCAUUUCAUGUCAUGUAUGUAAUGCGUACGUACAAAGUAAUCCAUAUUUUUUUGGUUUUUAUUCUUCUCUUUUGUUUUGUUUUCGUCAGCGGGCUUUGUGGCUGUGCAUCUCUGCUCCCUGUGUGACCAGUUAUUUCAGCCCAGUUUGUCCCUUUUGUCCCAGUGAUGAGGACGUCACUACUGUAGUGAUCGAAUGCUCUGUGUCUUUGUUCUUGCUCUUAUGAUUAUUAUAAUAUUGUGCAUUUCUUAAUUAACACGGCCACCUGUCAGUGGGAAGUGAUUGGCAAAAUGCUCUGUGAGCCUGUCUGUAUGUUGUGUUUCUCAUCAUUACUGUAAAUGUACCGUAUUAUUGUUUUUGUUUGAUAAGCUGAACAGCAGCUGUGUAAGUCAUGUAAAAUAGGAGCAAUAUGGCAGUGUUUUUAUUGCUGUAAUGUACUGUCAAUAUAUUCUGCAAUUAAACAGGCUUUUUACUGUUAAA